UUUUAAGUGCUGUGCUGAGCACUUGAGAAAGCAGGGAACAUACAAGUUUGUUUGACGACACUGGCGCACAGGCAGCGUUAAAGGUUCCCAGGUGUAGCGGCGAGGACGCGGUCCCUCUAAAUCUGCAGCAGACGCGCCGACACCGCUGCAGGAAGGUUGGGCUAUUGGCUGAUGAAGGGAUAGUAAAUGUAUGGAAUGCCCCCUUUGCCAGAUGCAGAACUGGUACGGACACCUCUCCAGUUGUAUCGGUACCUCUUUCGAUGUUGUAGACUACUUCCCACGGCGAUCAUACAGCAGCAUUACAAACACGCAAUAAGACAGAAUUUUAAGAUUCAUGCAGAUGAAGAUGAUCCAGAACGAAUUCAACAGAUUAUCAAAAGGGCAAUUGAAGAUGCUGACUGGAUUCUGUCUAAAUAUAAAAAUAUGGAACAGAAGUAGUGAAGACCCACACUACAAGCAAAAUAAUGAGGAUAUACAAGAUGUUGGCUGAUACCAAAGAUGCAAAGUUAAUAGCAAGUAGUGCCUAAAUAUUAAAUUAGUUACUUAACAUGGAACACUCAAGAUCAGUAGAAACUCGGUUUCCCCAAAUACAAGGGUGUAUGUGGGAAAUAAACGUGAAAUAAAGGAAUGGGUAGUCAACGUGUCCUUGGAAUGCAGUCUGUUUCAGAGGUCAACAAGGCAUGUAUUAUGAGUUUUCAUUUUAAGUUUAGAGUACUUGUGUUUCAACUUCAUUGAACUGUGGUUUUACCACUGAUGAUAUCCAUUUUCAUACCAAAAUACAGUUCGCAUUCCGAUAUCUUAUAACCUUGACAAAUGGUUCAGUGUUUCUUUUUUAAAAAUAAUUUUCUCAUUAAUCUGAAAUACAGUAAUGGAAGGAAGUGUGUAUUCUGCUGAAUUCAUCCAAAGUUGUUUAAUAUAAAAGAGAUACCAGUUGCUGAUUUGGUAGAUGAGUUAAUGGUUAAACUCUGUUCCAUUGAUAGUAUCACAGACGGUGUACCUUGUGUACCAUUUAUAUCUAACAAAAUGUGCACGUAGAUAUUUUUAAAACUCUCAAACUCUACCUUACUGAAGUUGUCUUGACUUUUUCUUUGAAGAGUACUUGCAUGCAGCCUACCAUUUCUGGAAGGCCAGUCCACUCCACCCCAGUUCAAAGGAAUGGACGUUAUCCUGUAAUUUGCAUAAUUUGAGUGAGACAAAAUAGCAAAGAUCCAAAAUGACAAACAUGACCUUGCCCUGAGGGUGGGACAUGUCUUUCUUUUUUUUUUUACGUUUUUUUAAAAUUUAAGAACAUUUUGGAUUGUGUAUCAGUGCAGGAAACUGUACAGUCUUUUUGAAAGAAUUAAAGUCUGCUAAUUUCA